GGAAGUCAACAUGGCGGCCCAUCGUAUGCUUUCACGAGUCCUCGUUUCUUCUGGAAAGUUUCUCUCCUUAAGAACAGUUUCUUCGUCGUUCAGGCCAGAGGCUUUCAAGCAACUGGCCAAGAUAGGUAAUUUAUCAAGUUUUGUCAAGAAUCAAACUGGAACAUUUUCUACGUGCAACAUCCAAGCUUAUAUGUGGAAAACUGGUUUACCAGGGGCUAAGCAUCAGCAAAAAUAUUUCUUGUCCUCACCAAGCAUCUUUGCUUUUGACUCUGUGGGAAACUUUGCAAAGCAAUCACUGAUGGCUGACAUUCCUAGCAGUUUAGUUAUCCCUAAAAGAUUUGUCAACAGCCGCAACAAGCAUGGCAAACCAAAGACUUGUAAAGCUGUUGCAAACAGGUUUUUUAGAACAAGUGAUGGAAAUUUGAAAUUUUGGAGGCCAGGAAAGAAUCAUAAGAUGAUGAAGAAAGGGCCUAAGAGAAGUCGCCAACUGAGAAAGCCAGUUUUGUGCAACAAGAGACAGCUUAAAUUGUACAACAAAAUGUUAGGCCGGGGAGGACGCUAAAGUUGUUUUUCUGUCCAGUAUAAAAAUAAGAUUUGAUGAACUGAAAUGAGUUGAUUGUCCAGGUGGAGGUACCCAUCAAAAGAACUGUUAUUUGAUGCUGAUAAUGACCUCUACUUGCUGUCACUAUUACUUUCAAGUACCCCCCCCCCCCCUAUUUUCAGGCAAUCACAUUUUACAAACAACUGAAGAAUGUCAACAGAAGUGUCUACAAAAAAAAUUGUUUAGAAUUGAUCUUUAUUGAUUUCAUAAGUUUACAAUAAUUAUGGAUAAGAAAAAUAUUGUACUCUAAAAUUAGCAGAUGAAAAUCAAAACAACCUCUGAAAGCCUCUGAAUGUGCAAUUUAUAAUGAUAUGUGGUCACUGUAUUUUUUGGUGUGUUUGGAAAGGUAAAAUGAAUUCUAAGCAUCUUUCCCCCCCUUUCCCCUUUCCCCCUUUCGAACCAAAUUUCAUUAUUGUUAAAUUUCAUUAUGGGUAUCUUAUCUUAUAUUAUUAUUAUUAUUAUUAUUAUUUUAUUUAACUACAUUUCUACAACAAACAUUAUUACUAGUAAAAUUGUUGAAAAAAAUAGUUGAUUCUAGGUAACUUUAAUGCACUGAACAAUAAUCCUCUGUCUAAAAGA